AUGGAUCCAAACGACCCCAAUUAUUAUUCAAAUUUUGGAUCUUUUUUUCACCCUCAAAAAUUUUCAAAUCCAGAAGAUGUUCAAAAUUCUCAGUACUACGAGAAUUCUCAAUUUUCUCCACACCUCAACCAAAUUUCUACCCCUCACGAACAUCCCAUUUCACAAAAUAUCUCUCGAAAUUUAUUUCAAGAUGUCGAACACCCAAAGAAAAAUCAGAAAGCUGCAAAAAAUGUAGCUUGGUGCGUGAAAGAAGAUGUAGCGCUUAUGUCUUCUUGGAUCUGCAUUAGCGAAGAUAAGCAAAAAGGAAAAAAUCAAAUAGGGGCGACGAUGUGGGAACGUGUGCAGAAUAUGUAUCAUGAAGCUCAAAAAGAAAAUCCAGAUGAGAUCGGCCCAAGGAAUAUCGAAUCAAUGAAAGGUCGUUUUAAACGACUUAAUGAAAAUGCAAACAAGUGGAUUGCUGCUUGCAAAGAAGCAAAUGCUAGAAAAAGAAGUGGAAUGAGCCAGAAAGAUAUAGAGAUGAAAGCUCACUCAAUUUAUGAAGCAGGUGGCAGUAAAUUCCAAGACUUGGUUGUUUUCAAUGAUGUUAUGAGUAAACAUCCGAAGUGA